AUGGCAGCAGACACAGACAGAGCCGCGAACGAUUGGGUGAAAGAGGAUAUUUCUUGCUUGACAAUACUGCGAGAGCAUGAUUGCCUUGUGAACGCUCUGCAAUUUCUAUCCCCGGAAGAACUGAACACCUUUGCUCUGACGUCCAAAGGGUGCCACCAUGAACGAUGUCAUAAUUCGCUGGAUCAGACUAGAUCCGGAACCAUUGUUUUGGGACAGGGAGCAUCCGAUACUAUUGAGUUCAUCGAAAAGGUCAAUGAAAACAAGUGGGCGGACAAAUUCCAAGGGAAUCUGACGCAUCUCCGGCUGAAACACCUCCCACAUUUGUCCGCCAAGAUUGAACCCAUCAAUGAAGUCUUUAUCCAAAACAUGUCACCAAUGAAGCAAGUGCAGAGUCUUGAUUGCUCUAUUAUGGAAUCAAGUAGAAUGCUGGAAUAUGCAGAAAAUCUGGAAAAGGGGCUGGCGCAGGGUUUGAUACUUUCACUCUUGUUUCCAAACUUGCAGCAGAUUACCCUGAAUUCCCUUCCUUUGACGGUUCUAGGGAUAUCGUUGAUUGCCGAAGGAAACAAGUCUCUGAGAGUCAUCAGAUGGGAGAAGUCGAUCAUUUGGCCAAUCAGUGAUCAGGCCACAAGCUACAUGAGAGCUUUUCAAAACAUUACAGAGCUCUAUUUGGAUGGUUCUAGGAUGAUUUUCUGUUGGGAUUUGGACGUAGACCGACUGUGGAGGUUUCUCGCGGAAAGCAACAACAGCUUAAAAAAAGUCAGUCUGAAGGGCACACAAGUCUUUCGUGAAGACGGCCAAUUCUCACUCCUUACACAGGAAAGCAUGAUGAUGUUUGUUCGAGCAACACCUACAUUGAGAUGGUUCCGAAGCCACCUCACACAAAAGAAUAUUACCACGCUGAAGAAAGUUCGACCUGAUAUCGAAUUUGUUCAUUAG